UGCCUUGGUUUUGUUUCUUGUUUACAGCAAUCCCUAAAGUAAGGCUGGAUACAAUCUACAUUUGUGGGGUAGAUGAAAUGAGUACCCAGGACAUCUUUGCCUAUUUUAAAGAGUAUCCUCCUGCUCAUAUUGAAUGGCUUGAUGACACAUCAUGUAAUGUGGUCUGGCUUGACGAAGUGACAGCAACACGAGCUCUUAUAAAUAUGAGCUGUAUGCCUGAUCAGGAUAAACCCAAAAACAGAGAAAACAACGAAGAGAAGACAACUGAAAAAAACGAGAAAGACAAACAGGAGGAAAGCUCGGAUGAUGAGACUGAGGAAGGAGAAGUUGAGGAUGACAAUCCAAGUGAUGUGGAGCAGGGACAGCUCAUCUGUGAUGAUGCUACUUUUCAAAAGAAAAAUGCUGAAAUAUUGUUAGAGCUGGAUGCGCUGUCCCAGGUAGAGGAAGAUUCUCUCCUACGUAAUGAUCUUCGCCCAGCCAACAAGUUGGCUAAAGGAAACAAACUGUUCAUGAGAUUUGCUACUAAAGAUGAUAAAAAAGAGCUUGGAGCUGCAAGAAGAAGCCAGUACUACAUGAAAUAUGGCAACCCUAAUUAUGGUGGAAUGAAAGGAAUUCUUAGCAACUCUUGGAAACGAAGAUAUCAUUCACGUCGAAUACAUCGUGAUGUGAUAAAGAAAAGGACACUCAUUGGGGAUGAUGUCGGAUUGACGCCUCCUUAUAAACACCGGCAUUCAGGCUUAGUGAACGUUCCUGAAGAGCCUAUUGAGGAAGAGGAGGAGGAGGAGGAAGAGGAAGAUGAGGAUAUGGAUGAGGAUGACAGGGUUGUGGUGGAGUAUCGGGAUGAACUACAAGCUUUCAAGCAGUCUCGAGAUCGCAGUGCAGCAAGACGAUCAAGUGCCAGUGCAUCUGAUUCUGAUGAAAUGGACUAUGAUCUUGAACUGAAAAUGAUAUCCACGCCGUCUCCCAAAAAGAGCAUGAAAAUGACAAUGUAUGCGGAUGAGGUGGAAUCUCAAUUGAAAAAUAUUAGGAACUCUAUGAGAGCAGAUAGUGUUGCAUCCAGUAAUGUCAAAAAUCGAAUUGGCAGCAAAGGAUCUUCAGAAAAAGUUGCUGAUAUAAGACUGCUGUUAGAGGAAAAACGUCAGAAUAAUACAGGGCAGCGUCAGCCAGUCAGCACUACAAAAUCAGAUGUACGGCAGAGACUAGGAAAGAGACCACAUUCUCCAGAAGUCAAGCCCCCAAGUAGCGUCUCCACCCCUCGCCGAGAACCAGUAUCAGAUGUACAUAGCCGAUUAGGGAUACCCAAACAAGAUGUGAAAGGCCUCUACUCUGACACCAGAGAGAAAAAAACAGGUAAUUUAUGGACCCGCUUAGGAUCAGCACCUAAGACACAAGAAAAGACUCCAGAUAAAUCAGAAAACUCAGUAACCUCUCCAGAGGAGGACGAUUCAGAGCUCCAGCGGGCAUGGGGUGCUUUAAUAAAAGAAAAAGAACAAUCUCGUCAGAAGAAAAGCCGAUUAGAUAACUUGCCGUCUCUACAGAUUGAAAUUAGCCGGGAGAGUAGCUCGGGGUCAGACACUGAAUCAUGAUGAUUUUAGACCCUGAUCCUCCAGAUGUGGACUCUGCAGCAUGGCAAGAUUUCCAUUGCCCAAAAGCUGAACAGUAUGGAGACGUGGCAGGACUCUAAUUGAGGUUCCAGAAGCCUUCUCGGUUCUGUUUACACAGAAGUAAAGACCUGUACAUCCCUUGACAUUUAAAGCAAUUACAUUUGUCUUUCACUAUGUGUGGCCCUGUGUUGUAUAGGGCAUUAUCAUAAACAUUUAUUACAGCAAACUUGUAGUAGUUAUUGCUAAACUUACCCUCCCCCCUCCAUCUUCAAACUUUAAAGAAGGGGCUGAGCUACUCUUGGGUUUUGUAGAAGACUUUUUUGUUCUGAAUCUUUUUAACAUGGAGUCUUUUAAGAAAACGUUUUACACAGUUCAUCCAAAGAACAGGGAACUUCAUAAUGAUCACUUAUUGCCUUCCCCUUAUAGUUGUUACCAGCACCUUUAUUCUUCUUAUAGGGUAAUAACAAUGAUGCUUCCUGGGUGGGCAGCCAGCUUAUAAAAGGGAUAGCUGACUCCCAUUCCUCCAAAAUACUGAAUGUAAAAUCUAAACUAGACCUCCUAGUACAGCAGUGCUCCAAAAUAAUAUCAGAGCAGCACAACUCUAUUAGUCUCAAAAAAGAUUUGCUUUAUUCAUUUUGGUGAUGAAGUUUUUGUUUUAAGUGAAGUUUGACAAGUUCAAGACUGCAGAGUUGGCUUUGUUGACAGAAUUGUGCAAAUUCCUGAGAUGAUUUUUUUUAGUUUAAAUGUUGAAACAAUUGUAAAAAAUUAUUUCAAUAUAGCUGUAUUAUGUUUGAAGAAAUCUAACAAUUUAAAAGCUUAACAUUUUUAUAUGUGUGAAAAUUCUGUUGGCUACAGUGAAAGCUUAUAGUGGUGUUUUCAUACGUGAUGUUUUACUAUAUAUAUAUAUACAUAUAUAUAUAAAAUAUAACUGAAAGAGAAAAGGAAAAAUAUAGGAUAAGUGUUUCAUGUCAAUAUUUUUGAAUGUCCUAAUUGUAUAGUAUAUGUGGAUGUGCAUAUGGUUGCCUAGUAACAUUCACUUUUCUUACCCCUGUCCUCUUCUUUAGUCGAUAAAAAGGUUAAUGAAUGUCCA